AUGGGUUACAUGUGUGACUUCUGCGGUGAACAAAGAUCAAUGGUCUACUGUCGAUCCGAUGCAGCGUGUCUCUGUCUCUCCUGUGACCGGAGUGUUCACUCCGCUAACGCAUUGUCCAAACGGCAUUCUCGUACACUUGUCUGCGAGCGAUGCAAUGCACAGCCUGCAACAGUCAGGUGUGUUGAAGAAAGAGUCUCACUCUGUCAAAACUGUGAUUGGUCAGGCCACAACAACAACAACAACAGCAGCAACAACAAUGAAAAUUCCUCUUCUUCUUCGUCUCAAAAUCAUAAGAGGCAAACCAUAAGUUGCUACUCUGGUUGCCCUUCAAGCUCCGAGCUCGCUUCCAUCUGGUCUUUCUGUUUGGACUUAGCCGGACAAUCCGUUUGUGAGGAAGAAAUGGGAAUGAUGAACAUAGACGAUGAUGGUUCCACCGAACAAAACUGUAAAGAGGACAAGAAAGAUGUCGUUGUUGGCUCCUCCUCCUCUUCAAAGCCUGAAACCACUUCUGCAGCACAAGCAAAAUCAUCAUCUGCUAAGGAUGUUGGAUUGUGUGAAGAUGAGUUUUAUGGGAACCUUGGUAUGGAUGAAGUAGACUUGGCACUUGAGAACUACGAAGAGCUCUUUGGGACUGCCUUUAACCCUGCAGGAGAGCUCUUUGGACAAGGUGGAAUCGAUAGUCUUUUCCAGAAGCAUCAUCAAGCAGCUGCCGAUAAGUCGGUGCAGCCAGCUGAGAGCAAUGAUGAUUCGUUCAUGAGUUCGAAAACCGAGCCUAUAAUCUGCUUCACGUCGAAGCCGGCUCAUUCGAACAUCUCUUUCUCUGGAGUCACAGGAGAAAGCAGUGCUGGAGAUUUCCAAGAAUGUGGUGCAUCGUCUUCGAUGCAGCUCGCAGGGGAGCCACCAUGGUAUCCUCAGACAUCACAGGAUAAUAACAAUGCUUGCUCACAUUCGGUGACACGUAACAAUGCGGUUAUGCGUUACAAGGAAAAGAAGAAGGCUCGCAAGUUUGAUAAGAGAGUGAGGUAUGCAUCUCGCAAAGCAAGAGCUGAUGUGAGACGGCGUGUAAAGGGGAGAUUUGUCAAAGCUGGUGAAGCUUAUGACUACGACCCACUCACCCCAACCAGAAGCUAUUGA